AUGUCUUACUAUCAGGCCAUUGACACAUACAACGAUGAUUGGUCUUCCGAGGACGAGCAGGCGUUGCUCAAUUACGCUGCUGUUCCUCGUGACCAACAGCCUCACACUUGUGGUUGGGUGGUCUGUGGAGAGCCUUGCAACUCUGUGCUCUUCCCGAAUGAGUUUUCUGCCCACUUGAGGGCACAUGGCGUUAGAGGAGGUGGUAAUGCAAAAAUGUCUUGCUGCUGGUAUGUGUAUAGGUUGAUUGGAUAUCCCAAGACUCUAAUUAGAUUUGCCACUUUUUGGAUACUACAGUUCCAGUUGGUGACGGCGAACUAUUAUGCUCAUAGAUCUGCUCACAUACUGGUGCUACGCGGCGAUCCAACUAUGAACAAACUCGCGGUAGCCCGAGCAGUACUGGUUGCGCUUGAAAAGCAAGAACAGAAACUCCUAGAACAGCCGUGCAGCGUCCGAGUUGCCGCUCGAGCUCAGAGAGCCAAGGUCGAGAAACUCAUCAAACGAUUGCCCACGUUACCCAUCAAACGCAUUCCCAACGAAUUACUUUUACAAGUCUUAGAGCUUGUGGUCCACCCAGCAGAAUUUCCAAGGCCACCCACCGUGCAACUCGACUACAAGAAAUAUUUGGCAGUCGUUUCUCGUCCUUGGAGAACCCUGGUACUGGACAUCCCAACCCUGUGGGUUACGACAGAGGUCAAACCGGCCAGGGGUAACCGGUGA